UCAUUCUGUCGUGCCGGUGUGUGUGGUUGUGCAGUCCUCUGCUUGCCGGUCGCUUCUAAGUCCGCUCCAGCUCGUCUAACCGUAGACGUCGGUCAGAAGUCGCCGUGGUACGUCGGCAAGCCGACCUGUGUCGCCUUCUGAGAAUCCCUGUAGCGUGCUUGCCGAAGCGGCUGAGUUGGGCGAUGGCAACUUGUCAGUUGUCUGUGAUACUGAUCUCUGCCUGCGCGGCGUUGGCGGCUGCGUUUGCGGCCGAGAUGCAGUUUGAAGUUGUACCCGACGCCGGAAGAGUGGAGCAACACGAUGUGCUAUUCCGUCAGCACCCGAACCAGAGAAACGACGUUGGUGGGCCGUGCCGUAACAGCAACCACUGCCGGCCAGGGAUGUGCUGUCUCCUGGCCAGGAACCGCACGCGCACGUGCCAGCUCAUGUCAGGCAUCGGCGAGAAGUGCACCGAUGGCCAAGUCAAGGGAGGCGCCUACCCGGACCACUGCCCCUGCCUACAAGGUAUCUGCUCCCUGAGGCGUGAUCGACGUCACAAUUUCGGCGACAACGGCGUAUGCGUACCCGAGACCCAAGGUCAACGUCGGGUGACGUCAGGGACCCGGCAGACGCAGCAGUUCUCCACGCCCUAGCGGCAUCAGGGGCAUCCAUCAGAGGCAUCCAUCAGAGGCCCAUCCAAUGCUAUUCGAACGUGCUUUGUAGGAAUUCUUUGCCGCUUCGUAUAUUCAAUUAAACUUAUCUUCGCAUUUUU